AUGUCAGACGAGGAGUGUGAGUUGCUAGAAGAGGGAGGGGUAUCCAAGCCAUCUUCCAGUAUACGCGAACAAGACAAUGAAGAUGCAAAUAAUGAUACCCUCUGUAUGGUAGUCGAGGCCUUGCAAAAGGAGCAAGCGAGAUGUGGCGGUGAUACUGACGUCAAUACAUGUAGUAGUAGUGCUAGUUCAAGACAAGAGACUGAAGACCAGGAAGAAGUGAAGGAAGCGUGCAAAGGGAAACCUCUGAAAGGUGCAGGAUUGGAAACCCAUGAAGGUUUUGUCGAUGAGUCAUUUCCAGGAGCUUUCGCCAUGGCUCCACCCUCUCCACCGCGAGAGGAUAGUGGAGCAGACAGGGAUUUGGAGGUUGCAGCAGCACCACCAGCACUGGAAACAACGACGACGACGGCGACUGUCGUAAGCACCGCGGGAGAACACUUGCUGGAGGCAAUGCCCGUGGAUGACGAAGUCGUAAUGGCAGAACAAAUGACCAACAACGAUGAUGAUGAUGAUGAUGACGAUGCGAGACACAACAAGGACAGAAAGGACUACCAGAAGCUUGUCACCAGGUUGAGAAUCGUUGGCCCCAUUUUCCUCCUGCUUUUGGUGGCGGUCACCGUUGGUUUGGUGGUGACGGCGUCGUCCAAGAACACUCAAGGUCAAGAUUAUAUCCAAGCCACGACAGCUGCUCAGGAUCCAGAGCAGAACCAAGAAGAGACCAGCAUCACAGAAGGUACCACGCCACACCAAGAAGAAGGUGCACUCACGACGACUACUCAAGUACAUGUACAUCAUUCCGAGGAUGAUUCCCUUUGUUUUUCCAGCCGCGACGAGUUGGUCGCGGCGGUGGACGCUUUUGCCAACAACGACAACAGCAGUCUCGGUCACAACAACCACUAUGGAUGGCCCAUCGGGUCUUGGUGCGUCUCGCAAGUCCAGGACUUUUAUGAAGUCUUUGCCGAACCCCGCAAUGUGAAACUGUGGAACUUUUCAGAGCCAAUCGGAGACUGGGAUAUGACUGGCGCUUCGGGUAACAUCCGAGGAAUGUUUCGAGGAGGGAAGAACCUGUCGGGACAGUUGGGCAUUCAACAGUGGAACACGAGUUCCUUUACGACGCUUGAUUUCUUCUUUCAGUCCGCUCAUUGGAGCGGUCCUAUCGACUUGUCAUCUUGGGAUACAUCCAAGGUCACAUCCAUGAAGGAACUCUUUCGCAAGAACAAACACUUUACUCACGUUACCGGUGUGGAGUACUGGGAUACAAGCCGUGUACGGACCAUGAGUCACCUAGCCCAAGCUACGGUCGACUUCAACGCGAACAUUUCGCUGUGGAACACGAGUUUGGUGGAAGAAAUACACAACGCGUUCCAUCGCGCCACGAGUUUCAACCAAGAUCUUUCGGCAUGGCAAACAUCCUCCUUAAAGUUGGCCGACAACGCUUUCCAAAACGCAUCCAGCUUCAAUAGUCCGAUGGAUUCCUGGGAUGUAUCAAAUCUGCGAGGCGCUCGAAACAUGUUUCGCGAUGCGGCAAACUUUAACCAACCUUUGGGCUCCUGGAAUGUCUCUCGACUGGUCCGUGCCACCAACAUGUUUAAAUCGGCUUCUUCUUUCUCACAAGACUUGUGUUCGUGGAGAUUUCUCUUGCCAGAAUCUGCCGAUUUGAAGAACAUGUUUGUUGGCACCAACUGUCCCAACACAUCCGACCCAGUGCAUCCUCACGAAGGACCCUUCUGUUUCAACUGUGAGGACCACCAAUAG